AUGAUGAAGGCAGCAAGAUUAACUUGUUUAUUACUAAUUGCAGUCAUGGGAGUGACUGCUAGCAAGACACAGGAAUUUGAAAGCAGUGACGAGGGCACAGAGCAAGAAUUCAUUUACAUGAACAGGUAUAAGCGGUCCAGCGACACACAGGACAAGUGCACUUAUACCUUUAUUGUACCUCAGCAGAAAGUAACAGGUGCCAUUUGUGUUAAUUCAAAGGAGCCUGAGGUUCUUCUUGAAAACCGCGUAAAUAAACAAGAAUUAGAGCUGCUUAACAAUGAACUUCUAAAGCAAAAGAGACAAAUAGAAACUCUUCAGCAACUGGUGGAGGUGGAUGGUGGGAUUGUUAAUGAGGUUAAACUUUUACGAAAAGAAAGUCGGAAUAUGAACUCUCGUGUCACACAACUUUAUAUGCAGCUGCUACAUGAAAUUAUUCGAAAACGGGACAAUGCAUUAGAACUUUCCCAGCUUGAAAAUAAGAUAUUGAACCAAACUGCUGAUAUGUUGCAACUUGCAAACAAAUACAAGGACCUAGAGUACAAAUAUCAACAUUUGGUGACAAUUGCCAAUAACCAGUCUGUAAUUAUUGCACAGCUAGAAGAACAUUGUCAAAGAAUGCCAUCCAUUAAGCCAAUACCCCAACCUCCCCAACCACCUAACAGAAUGUAUCAGCCUCCUACUUACAAUCGCAUUAUUAACCAAAUAGCUACCAAUGAGAUUCAAAGUGAUCAGAAUUUAAAGGUUCUACCACCUAAUCUACCAACCAUGCCACCAGUUACUAGCAGUCCAACUUCAACUGAUAAACCAUCUGGACCAUGGAAAGACUGUCUACAGGCAUUAGAAGAUGGCCAUGACACCAGUUCCAUCUAUCUUGUGAAACCUGAAAAUACAAAUCGACUUAUGCAGGUCUGGUGUGACCAACGACACGACCCUGGUGGCUGGACCGUCAUUCAGAGACGACUCGAUGGAUCAGUCAACUUUUUCAGGAACUGGGAUACUUACAAGCAAGGAUUUGGUAACAUAGAUGGAGAGUACUGGCUGGGUUUAGAAAAUAUUUAUUGGCUAACAAAUCAAGGCAACUACAAACUGCUUGUAACAAUGGAAGACUGGUCAGGUCGAAAAGUAUUUGCUGAAUAUGCCAGUUUCAGACUGGAGCCAGAGAGUGAAUAUUACAAGUUGAGACUGGGUCGUUACAAUGGCAAUGCUGGGGAUUCUUUCACUUGGCACAACGGGAAGCAAUUCACCACACUGGAUAGAGACCAUGAUGUAUACACAGGUAAUUGUGCUCACUACCAGAAAGGAGGAUGGUGGUACAAUGCCUGUGCUCACUCAAACCUCAAUGGAGUCUGGUAUCGGGGAGGACACUAUCGUAGUCGAUAUCAGGAUGGUGUUUACUGGGCUGAGUUCCGUGGCGGAUCAUAUUCACUAAAGAAAGUUGUUAUGAUGAUCAGGCCUAAUCCCAACACAUUCCACUGA